AAGCGCGCCUUUCUUCUUCUCAAUUUGCAGCGAAAAUGGUAGAAAAUGGCAUGAUUUUGGAAGGAUUAAGUCAAUGGGAACAGAUCCAAUCGUCGAAAUCCCAAGAAGUUACGCAAUCAAAACAAUGGUCGAUGGUUGUGAUUAGAGAUUCUCUCCGUCGGAACGACCUUUCCGUUUUCCCUCCGGCCAACCAUGAAAACCUUCCAAUUUCCGCACAACAGAAUCAGAAAGAGCAAAUCCCAUCAUCGAAAUCGACACACCCAUCACCGUGUGAGUCCGAUGUCAGUGAGGUUUGCCCGGUACCGAGUGAUCGAGGGUUCACCAGGUGGGUCGCCGUUGCGUUGCGGGCUUUGCGUGCCACGGUUAUCAGCAUUCCUUCCUUAUUAGGUCUUGCCAGAGGGGCAUUUUGGUCGUUUCACCGUGUCGCCGGCAUGGCUACGGUGGUACUGAUAUGGUGGCUGCGGAUGCGGGCCCGGCGGCAGAGGUGGCAGCAUAGAGAGAGCAUCGACCACCUGAAAACGAUCAUCAGGGAGAAAGAUGAGAAAAUCAUUCAACUCUUGCACCAAAUUGCUCAAAUGAAUGAACUACUGGUCGCCCGUCAUCGAGAUCUAUCUUCAAAAUUGACUAACUGAUUAGGAUAAGGAAGACCAUUGAUGGCGGCUCUUCUGCUAACUUUAUGCUUGCAGCUGCUAGAUCAAAAUUCAAUGGCACUUUGUAUUUCACUUCACAAAGGAUUGCACAACAGAACAUUGCUAGGUCGUGAAAUUCUGAAAUAUGGGGCUCUCCAGACUUGAAGUUCUGGGAAAGGGGCAGAGCUGGAGAGCUUUGAAUUGUACAUGAUUCGUUUCUUGCAAUAUAAAAUUUUCAAAUUCAU